AUGGUUGCCUGGCCACUAUUUGUACUAGUACUACCGGAAGCCAAAGCCAAAGCCAAAGUCCGAGAAGCCACCAACAUCUCUAAAAUCAUGGUUGGCAAUACUAGUACUAAAACUACCGGAGUCCAAACAGCCACCAACAUCUUAAUCCCGGCUUCCGCCGCUUCUAAUGAUCAGCCUACACGACAACCCUUCUUCGACUGUGAGGAUUUCUUUUGCAUCAUGUGUUUCGUGGUCCCCUAUUUCAUUCUAGCCCCAUUGGCCCUCACCUCGCUCUUGACCCAUACAAAAGGGUAUGACCCUGAGUUCCUAGUCCACUCAGAGCGGCCCUGCAAUACCCACGCAACAAUACCCCCUCCGAGUUCAGCGCCAUGUGGAACCUGA